AUGUCAUUAUUUGGUAAAGUUAAAAACUUUUUUCGUCAACCAAUAAAUACAGAGAUAGGUAACAAAUUUUUACCAGAAAUUGUUCAAAUUGGAGUAACAUCAGAUAUAGAAUGGACAAAAAUUGGUGAACUUGGUGAUGGUGCUUUUGGAAAAGUAGAAAAAGUUGAAAAUAUUAAAAAUCCAAAAUUAUUGGCAGCCGCAAAACAUAUUGAAUUUGAAGAUGGUGAGGAUAUAGAUGAUUAUAUUACAGAAGUUGAAAUAUUAGAAACAUGUAAACAUGAAAAUAUUGUAAAAUUAUUAGCAUGUUAUUAUCAAAAAAACCAAUUAUCUAUUCUUCUUGAAUUUUGUAGUGGUGGAGCAAUUGAUAAUAUAAUGUUAGAACUUAAUAGAUCUUUAACUGAAAAACAAAUAUCAUAUGUAACUCAUUAUACAUGUGUUGGAUUGAAUCAUCUUCAUAAAAAUAAUGUUAUACAUCGUGAUAUGAAAGCUGGAAAUAUUUUAUUAACGGGAGAUGGUGUCGUAAAAUUGGCAGAUUUUGGUGUAUCAACAAUUUUGAAAAGUAAAGAAUCACGUUCAGAUUCAUUUAUUGGAACUCCAUAUUGGAUGGCUCCAGAAGUUAUUAUUUGUGAAACAUUUAAAGAUUCACCUUACAAUUAUCUUGCUGAUAUUUGGUCAUUAGGAAUUACAUGUAUUGAAAUGGCUCAAUGUGAUCCACCUUUUCAUAAUAUGUCUCCACCAAGAGUUUUAUUAAAAAUUCAAAAAUCUGAUCCACCUACACUUGAUAAUCCAGAUAAAUGGUCUAAUUUAUUUGUUGAUUUUUUAACAAAAUGUUUGCAAAAAAUUCCAGAAAAUAGACAACCAUGUGAUAUUUUAUUAAGUCAUCCUUUUAUAAAAGAAUCAACAUCAAAGAAAUUAAUUUUUGAUUUAUUAGCUGAAAUUAAUGCUACAGUACAGGAAGAAAUUAUUGAUGAAGAAUCUGAAAAAAUUAGCAAUGAUAGUAAUUCUAUUGUUGAGGAAGAUGUAAAUGAAGGUCAUGAAGAUGAAAAGAAAAAUAUAAAUAACUUUAUUGAAGAACCAGUUAAUGGACAAUUCGGUAAAACAAGAAAAGCACCAUUACCUCCUACAAUUUAUGAAUUUGAUGAGGAUAAUUCAGAUGAGUUAGUAUUUAAUCAUAACACUUCAACAUCAUCAAAUGAAGUACAUGACCAAUCACCGGUUAGAGAUGUCAUAAACGAUCAAGAUCAAGAAAAUAUUAAUACAGAUGUUGAAGCUAUUGAAAUUUUAGAUAGUUUGUGUGAUACAUUAAAUAAAGAAUAUGGUGAACAAAGUCUUUCUAAAGUAUCAUACCCAUCUGUAUCAUCUAUGACUAAUAGUUAUAAAUAUUCAAAAGAUAAUGAUGCUAUGUAUUAUUAUAGUGAUGAAGAAUUUGAUAAUGAUAUAUGUAAUACAAAAGAAGAAAUAAUAUCAAAUAAUGAAAAUUGCAAAGUACCUCGUCCUUCUAUUGAAGCAAUUCCACAUGGAUUAGUUGCUAAAAAUAUUGAGACUGUUGGAAAUGAAAUUAAAUUUGAUAAAUCAUUACUUCGAGCUAAUCAUUUAAGAGAAAGUCGAAAAAAAGAAGACUUAGACAAAUUAAUAUCAUCAGCAAAAGUUUCGCAAAUUGCUGCCAGUUUUAAAGUAGUCCCACCAAAAGAACCUGAAUGUACAACAUUAGAAUUAAGAGGACCUAGUAAUAAAAUUUCUCCUAUUGAAAUAGAAAAUAUUACUAAUUCUAAGGAAGGUAGUAUAGAUCAUAAUAUAAAUAAAUUAAAUGAAGAUGAUAAUGAUAAUGAUUCUGUAUCUACUUUAGCAACUAAUGCACCACCAGAACCUCCAGUUGAUUAUAAUGAAGAACAGUAUUGUAAAGAAUUAAAAAUAUUGCAAAGAUCUGAAGAUAUAUUAGAAGAAAAUAAAUUGUUAAAUGAUAUCAAUAUAAAUAAAAAUGUUGAAUCUUCAUUAUCAAAAGAAAGUGAAAAGUAUGAUGAAUAUUCUAAUGGAACGGUAGUUUAUGAAAAUGAUCAAAUGUCAAAUGUUUCUGUAUCAAUUGAUAAUAAAGAAAAUUCUAAGAAUAAUUUUGAUUUUGUAAGAAAUAAAAAUAGAAAAACAAUUUCAAAAAAGACACGUACAUUUAUUGUUGAUGGAGUUGAAGUUACUUCUACAACUAUGACUGUUCUUGGUAGAAAUGGUGCUGAUGAAAUAAGAAAACGUCAAUUAAGAGAACUUAAAAAAGCACAACGUUUUGAAUCAAGACAAACAGCUGAAUUAACAAGACAUACAGAACAAAUUAAAGAACAACAAGAAAGAAAAUUUGAAAAUGAAAAAUUAAAAUUAAUUGCACAGUAUGAUGGUGAACUUGAAGCAUUAUCCAAAUUACAAAAGAAAAAGAUGGAAGAACUUGAAAAAUUACAAGAAGAAGAUGUUAGAUUAUUUUGUAAAAAAAUUAAAAGUGAGCAAGAACGUGAUUAUAAAUUAUUUAAAGAAUCUCUUAAACAUGAACAAAAAUUACUUAAACAGGAAAUGGAUGUAAUACAUCGUAGUCAUCGGAAGGAUGUUUAUCGUCAAAGAAAAGAAAUUCUUGAUAAAGAACAAGAAAAUCGUGAAAUAAGAUUUUUAUCUGAAAUGGAUAAUAAUCAUAAAACUUCAAUUAAUAGAUUACAAACAAAACAUAAAGAAAAAAAUGCUCUUAUGGAAAAACAAUUUUUAGAACAAAGGCAUGACCUCAUUAGAUGUAGAGAGAAUGCUCUUUGGGAGUUAAUGGAAAGACAACUUGAAGAAAGGCAUAUAUUAUAUAAACAUCAAUUACAAGAACAAUAUUAUGUUAGAAGAGCAAAUAUGAUUAGACGUCAUGGAAUUGAGCGUGAUUUUAUUAAUACAAUUCAUCAAAAUAUUGAAGAAGCAAUGUAUAAAGAUAUUAUAUUAGGUCAAAAAAAGAUGCCUAAAACAUUAAAAGCAGAAAGUAGAACAAGAAUUGCUAUGUUUAAAGAAUCUCUUAAAAUAAGUAUGAGUGAUCAACCAUCAUCUGUUAUAAAUGAAAAAAUAAAAGAAUUUGAGGAACAAGAAAAACAUCGUAUUAAAAAACAACUUCAUGAAUAUAAACAACGUUGUCAUCGUCGUUAUGCUCAAAUGGUUACUAAAAAUCGUGGAAUUAUGAAAGAACUUGAAGAAAUACAAGAUAGUAAACGUGUCAUGUUAAAAGAAAAUGAAAUUACAAAAGAAAAAGAUUAUGAUAAUACUUUUACACAUGCUCUUACAACAUUUCGUGAAUCUCUUCCUCAAAGAAAAAUGCAAAUGGAAACAGAAUUUCUAGAGGAACUUCGUACUGCUGAAGGAUUUUAUGGAACAUUUUUAACAGGAAUGGAUUUACAAAAACGAGGUUAA